AAGAAGAAGAAAAAGAGGAGGAAGAAGCGUUAGUUUACUUUUCAAAUAAACCUCUUCUUUUCUCAGCACUGUAAACGGUUUCUCACAGGACGCUCCUGUGAGAAACCGUUUACAAUCUUGAGAAAGGAAGAGGUUGUUUUGAAAAGUAAGAGCGUAGGGGGCGUAGCUUCAGUUCGCCGACGAGCGUCAUGAGACGAGCGUCAUGAGACAGGUGUCGACUCUCAGAGUGUGACAGCUGCUUCAUCUCUCUGCCUUCCUGCGGUGACAGCAGCCUUUCCUCUCCGUUCCCGGUCGGCGGACUCUGGCGUCGCUCCGCUCCAUCUUCCCGUGGACUCAUGGAGGAACGUUCGGAGCCUCUGCCCACGCUCAGCCCGGCCGUGCCCCUCUACGUGACUCAGGGCCUGACGGUGGUCUACACGGUCUUUUACUCGCUGCUCUUCAUCUUCAUCUACACCCAGCUGUGGCUCGUCCUGCGUUACCGACACAAGCGCUUCAGCUACCAGACCGUGUUCCUGUUCUUGUGCCUGCUGUGGUCGGCCCUCCGAACCCUGCUCUUCUCCUUCUACUUCAACAACUUUGCUACGGCCAACACUUUGGGUCCCUUUGCCUUCUGGCUGCUGUACUGUUUGCCGGUGUGUCUGCAGUUCUUCAGCCUGUGUCUGCUCAACCUUUACUUCACUCAGGUUGUUUUCAAGGCAAAGUCCAAAUAUGCACCAGAACUUCUGAGAUACAGGCUACCGCUGUACCUGCUCUUCCUGUUCGUCAGCCUGCUGUUUUUGGUGGUGAACCUUGUUUGCGCCCUGCUAGUGAGGAUGACUGCAGCGCAAGUCCACACCGUGGUGUUGGUGAGGGUGACCAUCAACGACACGCUGUUUGUCCUGUGUGCCAUCUCACUCUCCUUUUGUCUGUACAAGAUCGCCAAGAUGUCACUGGCCAAUAUCUACCUGGAGUCAAAGGGGACGUCUGUGUGCCAGGCGAUGCUGAUCGGCGUCACGGUCAUCGUCCUGUACACUACCAGAGCCUGUUACAACCUGGUGGUCCUGGCGCUGUCCAACAAGAGAAUCAGCUCCUUUGACUACGACUGGUACAACGUGUCAGAUCAGGCAGAUUUGCAGUCCACUCUGGGUGACACUGGAUACGUAGUCUUUGGGGUGAUCCUGUUUGUGUGGGAGCUGCUUCCGACGUCUCUGGUGGUUUUCUUCUUCAGAGUGCGGCAGCCAAUCCAUGACCAGGGGCUUCCGGGUUACAUAUUUUCUUCUCGGGCUUAUUUCUUCGACAACCCACGGCGUUAUGACAGCGAUGACAACCUGGCUUGGACCAUAAUCCCUCAGAACAUCCAAGCGAGUUUGCCAGUUGACAGUUAUGAGUGGGAGGUCCAACGCAGCAACACAUGCCUUCUCCCACCUCCUCUGGAGGAGCUCAGCUAUACCGCUGAAGCUCACAAUGGCUCCUGCUGACCUGCGGACUUUUUAUUUACUUAUUCUUCUUGUUGAACCGAGGCACAUAGGAAUGAAAGUUGCUCAGAUAAAAAUUAAUUUUGCCAGUAUGUGACGGCCCACACACGGGACGUUAAUUUGCACACAGCUAAUUUUGACUGCUCUUAAGCAAUUUUAAUUGUAUUCUUUUUACUGUAUAUUGUGUAAUAUAUUUCACAGCCCUUGUAAUAUGUACUGUAUUUUUGUGUUUAUGGACAUACUUUUUCAUACAAAUGUUUGUAUAUAUGAGAUAAAAAGUUUUGUUGUGAAAAAUGUAGUUCAUUUUCUCAGCACAGAGGGGC